AUGCCCGAAAAGGUCGCCUACCAGCCGCUCAACGACGAAGCAAGCGAGGAAGCCGGAAAGUCCAGUACGCCACCGUGGGCCCGGCAUGACCGCGACCACGAAAAGCAGAAGCACUGGAGUCUGCAAUGGCUGAGGCUGGCAAGCGAGAUCGUUCUGGUGGCGUUGGUCUUCCUGCUGAGUCUGAAGAUCAUGAUGGACGGCAGCACGCCAAGAGCAGGAAGACCGCCAGGACCGAAUGAUCCCAAGCAGGACCUCGGCUAUUCCGACAAGGUCUUUAUGAACGAGUCCAAGUAUGCGAACGAGGGAGCGUUUUUGAGCGAGGAUAAGUUGAAAGAAACGCUGGCCAGCUGGGUACCGUUGUCUUCGAAGGGGCGAGGUUACGUCGAGAUACCAAAAGACGAACGAGACACUCUAGACGGACCGCCCUACCUCAUGAACCCCUUGAUGCGACCUAACAAGAAGGAAAUCUAUAUGGUCUCAGGUUUUCAUCAACUACAUUGCCUGAGCACGAUCAUGGCCUCCUACGCUCGCCUUCGCUUCGGCAAGGACGAGUCGGAGAUGGGCUUUCACAUUGCGCACUGUUUCGACUAUCUCCGCGAAGGCAUUUUGUGUGCUGGAGAUGCAACAUUGGAAGGCAAUAACACAGCCAAGUAUCCCGGUGUUAAAAUUCCAUGGGGCACAUCACAUCGCUGCGCCAACUGGGAUGCACUACGAGAAUGGGCUGACGAGCGGACGGUCUUCCCUUUCCCACCAGGCCUCGAUACCACCAUAUGA